AUAAAUUAUUAUAUUAUACUGAUAUCUAUCACAUUAUCAACAUGAAGUUAUCAUGGUCUGCCGUAUUCACAGCAGUUUUUUUUGGAUAUAUAAGUUAUUCGAUGUGGACAUUCGCUCAGCUGUUCCGAACUUUAGAAUGUACUGAUAAAAUAACUUGCUUUCAAAGCUUUUUGAAUAAAAAUCCCAAGAUGCAGCUAGCACUAUUCACAUCGCAUUCAGUCAGCCCAAUUUCAACUGAAGUGAAGAAGCUUACCAAUGUGAGGAAUUUUGAUUAUCGUGAGCCUUACAGCAGGGAGUUUAACGUUGAUGUUCCAUUGAAGACAAGACGUAAUGGAACUUUAUAUUUAUAUGUUGUGUUAGCUAUCGACGACGAUAACGCUCUCGAUUGGAAAGAAUUCCAAAGAGAUGGUCCAACUGUGAUCCAAAGAAUUAGCUUAACUCAAUAUACUGUUCCAAAAGAAGCCACGUACAAUCUUUUAAAUGAAGGAACAACCAAUCAAGAUAAAAAAACUAAGAAAGAAAAACUUUCAAAUAUCAAACCCAAAACUCAUAUUAAAACGAAAGUUUUCGUGACAAUUCUAACAGACAAAGCUUCGAUGUCACCUCAAGAUGUCGUUCCAGAACUAGCAAGAAUGAUAAGAGUCAGUAGAACAGCAGAAUUCCUUCCCAUGAUUCAGAGUAACAUUCUCAAAGAACGUUUCAAUCAUUUAGUGGAAGUCACAAAGAACACGACAGAAAUUUCACUCGAAUUAAAUUAUUCACCAUCAUCAGUCGGAAAGUUUCGUCUCAUAGCUCACAUUGACAAUGCUAUGAGUCAACUAACAAACUUUGGAUUCUCAGCUAAAGAUGUUGAUGAAGUGAAAGAAAUCUUUGCUGAUGCAAACAUUUAUUUGUUGUGUGGAACUUUGUUCAUUGGAAGCAUUCACACUUUAUUCGACUUUCUUUCGUUCAAAAAUGAUGUCAACUUCUGGCGAAAGAAGAAGAAUUAUGCUGGUUUAUCAACUCGAUCAACUAUAUGGCGAGCAUUCAGCACAAUUAUUAUUUUCUUAUAUUUAUAUGACGAACGUUCUUCAUUACUGAUUCUUAUUCCUACGGGUAUUGGAGCAAUAAUUGAGUUAUGGAAGUGUAAGAAGAUUCUUAAGAUGGAAAUUAGUUGGAAAGGUGUAGUGAGGCUUAAUUCACCACCUUCAGACAACAACAAAGAUUCAACAUUAAAAGCUGAGAAAGAAACAAAUGAAUUUGAUCGGCAAGGAAUGAAAUAUUUAAGUUACGUGCUUUAUCCACUUGUUCUUAGUUAUGCGAUUUAUUCCUUGAUAUAUCAUCCACAUAAAAGUUGGUACAAUUGGACACUUACAUCGGCUGGGAACGGCGUUUAUGCUUUCGGAUUUCUUUUUAUGCUACCACAACUUUUCAUCAAUUAUAAACUUAAAUCCGUUGCAUCAUUGCCUUGGAGGGCUUUCAUGUAUAAAGCGUUCAAUACAUUUAUUGACGAUGUCUUCGCUUUCAUUAUAACGAUGCCGACAGCACAUAGAGUUGCUUGUUUCCGUGAUGACAUUGUAUUUCUUAUCUAUCUUUAUCAAAGAUGGUUGUACCCCGUCGAUAAAACGAGAAUCGAUGCUGGUGCAAGUAUGAAUGAAGUGGAAGAAUAUGAAGCAGUUGAUGAUACAAAAGACACGAAGAAAACUCAAUAGAUAAUUAAAUAAAAGUAUUGCAUUGAAUUUAUUUCCAAUAUUAAAUAUUUUUAAUAUUUAAGAAUAAAUUUUUCAUGAAUUAUUGUGAAGUUUCUGAUACAAAAAAAAAUCAAUUUGAGAUUAUCAAUCACAAACUGAGAAUGAUUAACAUUCGUAAACACAUUUCAAAUGAUUGAUUUUACAUGUAUCGUUGCAAUGAGACUGAACAUUAAUUUACAAAAUGUAAAUAAAUAAAUAGAAAUUAAAUUUAUUAUUUAAGGAUUUAGAUUGUUUUUUUCUUAACGUUAUCACAUUAAAAUUCCCGA